AUGUCGGCCGAAGCAGUGUCAACUCGCGAGCAGCGUCAAGAAUGGAAGGAACGGCAUAUCCGGUCGAAUGAUAAAUUUGUGACAGAUAUCCCUAAGAUUGAGCUUCAUGUUCAUAUCGAAGGAACUAUGACGCCGGAGCUACGGUGGAAGCUUGCUCAACGAAAUAAGAUCCCUCUGACUGUUGGAUCUGAGAGGGUGCCUCUCUCUACUCUUGCCGAAAUUCGAGAGGCAUACCAGAACAUUCGAGGCAGGAUUGGGGCAACUUCUGCAGAUGGCAAAAGAAACAUGACAUUCUUUGAGGCAUAUUAUGGUGGCUUCGACCUCUUGCAAACCGAAGAGGAUUAUUUUGACCUCGCGAUGGGUUAUUUUGAACGUGUUGCCGAGAUGAACGUCCGUUAUUGCGAGCCCUUCUUCGACCCCCAAGGACACACUAGACGAGGGAUACCGAUUGGCAUGGUCUUGGAAGGUUUCAAGAGAGCACAGAUUGCGGCUGAACAUCGGUUGAAUGUCAGAUCUCAAUGGAUCAUGUGCAUGCUACGCGAUAUGUCUCCGGAGUCAGCUAUGGAUCAGUAUGAAGCUGCUUUGCCUUACAAGGACAUGAUAGUAGGUCUUGGCCUCGAUUCGGACGAAUAUGAACGACCGCCGUCACUAUUUGACGACCUGUUCAAGCGCGCUCGAGAAGAUGGAUUCAGGCUCACGAGUCAUUGUGAUUUCAACCAAAAAGAUACUCAUGAUCACAUCCGCCAAGUGGCUGAGAGACUUGGCGGUACUGGGGCAGAGCGGAUUGAUCAUGGAAUGAACGUAGCAGACCAAGAAGAUCUCAUGGAAGUUGUCAAAUCAAAGGACAUGGGAAUGACAAUAUGUCCUUGCGCAUAUAUUCGCCACGCUUCGGAAGAAGCAGUCUUCCCUCGCAUUCGCAAGUUAUUUGACACGGGUAUCAAGAUUGCAAUUGCUUCGGACGAUCCUGCAUAUAUGGAGGACAAUUGGGUUCUUCAUAACCUACACAUGGUUCGCGAAAAGUGCAGCUUCAAGAACAAAGACAUGGUGCAGCUCCAGAGAAAUGCCGUUUCUAUAUGCUGGGCUGGCGAUGAAUUGAAGAAGGAGCUUCUGGAUGACCUUAAUGAGUUUGAGAUGUCUUUCUCUUCGCAAUAA